CAUUGAUAACGAAUUAGUUAGCAUUCGCUACCUGGAUAAACACAGUAUAUUAAGUCAUUUGAACUGUCAUAAAUUGGAACUCUCGUUUUUGUAAGCAUUCAUUUCCGUAUUCACUAAUAGUAUAUUAGAAAUGGUGAUUCCGAGUAAUAUUUUUGUAACCGGAAGUAGCCGAGGAAUAGGUCUUGAGCUAGUUACCCAGUUAGCCAAGCUUGCACCAUCUACAACACUUAUACUUGCAGCAUGCAGAAAUCCGGAAACCGCUCAGGAAUUACAGUCGUUGUCUAAGAGGUAUCCAUGCGUGAAAAUAUUACAGAUGGAUGCUGAAAAUGAAGAUAGUAUUCAAUCCGCCUUUAAAGAAACACGUGACCUGGUCGGUUCACCAGGAUUAAAUGUUUUAGUUAACAACGCUGCAAUCAACUUGAAGAAGGAAUCAAUUAUUGAUAUAAACGCCGAGGAUCUUCUUAAAACUCUUAAAGUAAACGUGGUCGGACCUGCUAUCAUAACAAAGACGUUCCUGCCGUUACUAAAGCAAGCUGCCGGUCAGGGAGACGGAAAAUUAAGCUGGUCACGAGCCGCCAUCUUAAAUAUAUCAAGUAUAUUGGGAUCCAUAGGGAGUAAUGUAGUCGGCACAUACUAUCAGUAUAGGGAAUCAAAGGCAGCAUUAAAUCAGCUGACUAAGAAUCUAUGCAUAGAGCUAUCUCCACAAGGUAUACUUGCCGUUAGCAUACAUCCCGGGUGGGUUCAAACUGACAUGGGCGGGGCCAAUGCUUCACUAACCAAACAGGAUAGCGUUCAAGGAAUGAUUAAUGUCUUUCAAAAAUUGAACAAGGAAAGCGCUGGAAAACUGAUAGCGUAUGACGGCGGUGUUAUUCAGUGGUAAAUGUUGUGUUGCAGUGGUAAAUGUUGUGAUGCAGGGGUAAAUGUUAUGCUGCAGUGGUAAAUAUUGUAUUGAAGUGGUAAAUGUUGUGCUGAAGUGGUUAAUGUGAUGUGGAUUGUAUCGCCUCAGCUCUCGUUCUCAGUCAU